UAAAAGCGUAUAUUUCUGUCUCAUCAACUUUUUUUCCAGAGAAAGAAACAUCAGAGGCGGUAGAACAGAGGUCGGGAGGGAGAGACAGAGAGAGCCAGCGAGAAUGUGCUGCGGAGAUGAUUGCAGGCCGCUGGCGUUCCUGCUUGGCCUUCCCUUCGCCCUUCUCUCUCUCCUAGUCUCCAUAGUCGGCAUCAUCGUCUGGAUCGUUGGAUUGCUGUUGACUCUGAUAUGCCCCUGCUUCCUGUGCGUGACUCUGCUAGUGGAGUUCGCGCUGGAGCUGAUCAAAGCCCCCCUUCACGUCAUGGAGUGGUUCACUUCUCAGAUACCCUGUUGAUCAUACCGAUCACCAUUUGAUGACCGUUUCUGCUUUUCAGAGCUGACUGGUAUUUCUCCUCUUUCCCGUACGUGGAUUUCAUGGGGGUAUCUCUGUGAUGUACAGCCGAUUGUUGGGUUUGUAUGUAAUAAAAAAAGGGAAAUCCGAUCUUCUGCAAUGUCUAGAAAAAAUGGUUGAAGUCAAUUCGUUUUUCA